AUGUCCAAGAUGCAGAAGGUGAUGAAGGAGAAGACGUCGUGCGACUCCGGCAAAUCGGCCGGGCCGCAAAAGUCGAAGAAGCCGGUGACCAAGCGCGGAGGCGAAAAGGACGAGAAUCUCCGGAAGAAGGACUCCGACUUUCAGUGCACCGUUUUCGAGGCGGUACACGACGGCACCGAUGGCAAUCAGUCUCUUGCGCCGACCAUGGCCGGCUCGCCGGUCGACUUUGAGGAGCAGCUGCGGAGGGAGGAGGAGGCCCUUCUCCAGAUGAACGUCAAGGACGAGGAGCGCGAGAAGCUGGAAGCCGCCCGCAAAGCCUCGUCCCACGAUAUCCAUCGGCAGCAGAGCGCCGUCCAGCCCAACUUCAAGCAGGUACGAAAGCACGGCGAAGACGUCGUUUUCGCGUCGGAGCGGCGCGGGGUGGGCGGCUAUGUGCCCGGCAACUUCGACCCGUUCGACCCGCGCUUCCUCAACAAGGACGUCGCGCUGAAGGUCAGCAAGGAGCGCUUCAAGUGGCAGGACUCCCUUUCGCAGGUGAAGCUGAAGUUGACGAACACGGGCAAGGGGCUGCGCGUGUUCAAGGUGAGGUGCUCGGAUGCGUCGCUGUUCCGCUGCGAUCCUGCGUACGGGACGCUGGAUGCGGGCAAGCACUGCUUCCUCUGCAUCACUGUCACUAGGCCGCCGACGGACUGCUCGAAGAUCAAGGUGGAAUCCCUGCCCGUCGAGCCGGGUGAUCAUCGCGAGCCGAAGGAAAUGAUGGCCAACCGCGACCCCUCCAAGCUGCAGUACACCCACAUUGAGGUCCACCCAUCGACGGCGAUGGGCGCCGACCUGAGCCUG